AUGGGAGUUUGUACUUCUUCAUCAUAAGCAAAUAAUUAGAAAUAAAAAAAACUAAAAGCAGAAACAAAAGCGAAUCAAUAAAUCUCCUUGGUUUAUGAUUAAAAGACGAAUACAAAAUAAAACCCAGAGUAAAUUUAGAAUUAAAAAACAAUUACUUCUCAAAGGAAACUUUCUCCGAAUUAAACCACUACUUCAAAGUAAUAAAUUUAAGCUAAAAAUGGUACAAUGAUCAUUAGAAGAUCUUCUCAUGCUACUACAAUGACAACAAAGACAAUGAUUGUUUAGCCGUCUUAGGUGUAAGAAUAAUAAAAAACUGGAUAAUAAUUAAAUCCUCCUUUUAAAAGAAAUAGUUUAAGAUAAGGAACUAAGACUCAGUUAGUAUCUGCUUCUAAAAACUAUUCAAUUGUAUCGACUAAAAAUCUUGGUAUAUAAGACUUUAUAUAUUGAAGAUAAUCAAGGCAAAACGGUAAUGCAGCAUAAUGAAACAGGCCAAUUGGUAUAAGUUGAGAUUCUUAAAUUUGACAAUAAGAAUCAUUAAUACAUUGAUAAAUUAGGAGAAAUACAUAUAGUAAGUAAAUAAAUAACAUAGAAUAAUAUGCACAUUGUAAAAAUAAUCGACACUCUAGUAGAUCAUCAGAAAAGAACUUAUUAAGUAAUGUAUGAAUGUUGUCCAGGAGGAACAUUAACAAAAUAUAUGGAAUGUAGUAAGUUAAAUGAUUAAUAAAUUGGGAUUAUAUUUUAUUAAAUGGUAGAAGCAUUAGAAUAUAUUCAUUCAUUAGGAUUAAGUCAUGAUGAAUUAACAAUUAAUAGUUUUUCUGUUUUUGAUGAUUCUUCUACACCAUAUAUAAAAUUAUCUGAUAUUAGAAGUAUCUAUCAGUUAAUGUAUUCUAAAGAGGCAGAUUUAUAUUAAGAUCCACAUUCUCAUUAUAAUCAACGUAAAAACAAAACUUAACAUCAUUCUAAUAAACCUCAUGAUACAAAUGAAAUUGAAAUCAAAUAUAGAAAUAAAUUUAAUGAUGUUUGGGCUUUAGCUAUUAUUAUUCUCUAGUUAAGAAAUAAAGAAUUACCUUAUUAAAUAUCAGAAAUUGAUUCAUUUGAUCCUCAAAAAUAUUUAAAUAAUAAUCCUUCAGAGAUGAAUUCACUAUUAUUGUAAAUGUUACAAGUUAAUCGUUAAAAUAGAAUUACAUUAAAAUAAUGUUUAGAACAUCCAUAUCUUAUUAAGAUGUAAUAGGUUUAACCUUAAGAUUUCUUACAACCAUUGAAAAAUAUGAUAAAGUCUAAAAAUAUUACUUAUUUUCAUUAAUGUGUGUUUUAAUAUCUUCUUGAAAACUAUGCUAAUGAUCAUUUAAAAGUUUUGACUAAAUUAUUUAUAACAGCUGAUACCAAUAAAGAUGGAACUUUAAGUUUAGAAGAACUGAAAGAAUUAUUUUCAAUUGAAGGAAAGGAUCUAAUUGAUCAAUUAAACCUUUAAAAAGAUCUUACUUUAGAAGAGUUCUUAAUUUUGGCUUCUAAUAAAGAUAUUAUUCUAACUUAAGAUAUUUUAGAAUCUAGUUUUAAGAUUCUAUCAAGAUAAUCAAAUAUAAUUACACCAAAAUCUCUUUAUAAAGUAUUAGAAGUUUAUAAUAAAUAAUAACUUCAAAAAGAUUUUAAAACAUUUAAUUUAAAUGAAAUUGUAAUAAUAUCAUCUAUAUUUAGUUAACCUUAAUUGAGUAUAAAGAGUUCUUAAUUAAUUAUGAAACUCCAACUCCAAUAGUUUGA